AUGAGAGUCCUCGACCCCCAGUCCGCUCUCCUGACAACCCCCGAAGUGUAUCAGUUUCUCCGCCAAAAGCCGUCUCGCCCUCCGCCAAGGAAAAUCGGCUCCUACAAGCAGAUUGAUUUGAAGGACAACCAGCGAGUGCUAGACGAUUUUAAGCAUUAUGUCACGAAUACAGUCCCUUUCAUCACCAAAUACCCUCCGAUCGAGACAUUCAUCAAAAAUGUCGUGCCCAGGUUGCGCGCCUUUGGCUUGACGAAGACAGAAGCCUUGAUGUUGAUCAAUUUGGGGUUGGGAUUACCAAGAGGGCAACAACAGCAACAGGCCGCAGAUGAUAAUGCACAAAUGGAGGGGGUCACCGGUGAGGGUGACGACGUCGAUGACGAUGAUGACGCCGCCGCCGCUGACGAGACCAACGGUCAAAGAACUGCAGAAGGAGAGGAAGAGCCCCUGGACCCCGAUGACCGUCAAUUCCUAUCUCUUGUUGUAGAGGAGCUAGAGGAACGCUUUCCCGGCGAAGAAGGCGAGGCGCAGAUUCAGAAGAUUUUGGAGACUAUGAGGGAGGAAUACAACCGAGCACACGCAAUGCACGCUUCAUCGAACGGAAACACGAAUGUUGAUGACAACGAAUUAAUGGAUGUCUCGUGA